GGGUUGAUUCAAUACGCCAUUCAAAAGUCGCGAUAUAUUCGCAUUGCGGCUUGUAAUCCAUUGAAUUCGACAUUCGUAUUACAAGUCAAGAGUUGUGUGUCCAAUAUCUUGUCAAACAUGAAGUUACACGACUCUCUCAUCGUAUCGCUUCUCUCCUUCUCCCUCUCUUCGGCAAAAUUAUGUUCCAUGCCCUAUAACUCCUCCCCCUUAAUCGACGACGCACCAGCCAUCACCGCAGCUGUGAAUCUUUGUGGUCCGAACUCUACGAUUCUUUUCCAACCAAACGUCACAUACAAUCUACUCACGCCCCUCAGUUUCACAAACCUUACGAGUGUAAAGUUUUCGUUCGAGGGCAAUAUCAGUUUGAGUGAGAAUGUGACGGCGGUGCAGCUGGUGGUUAACAAUACACGUAUUUAUCCGGGGAGAUGGAUUACGCUUAAGGGGACAAAUGUUACUUUUGAGGGAAGUGAGGAGGAAGGGGGUGGCUGGUUUUUGGCGCAUGGAGAGAAUUGGUGGAGUAGUCCGUGGGAUUCGGUGCAGGGAGGACGGCCGCAUUGGUUUGGGUUUACGGUUACCGAUCUUGUGAUUCGCAAUCUUAAAAUUCUCAAUCCUGUGGCGUGGGUGUUUUCGAUAGGGGGGAGCAAUGUCGAGAUGAGAAAUGUCUUCAUUGAUGCUAGGAGUAAUGAUGGGUUUCCUUUUAACACCGACGGGAUUGACCUCUCUGCAUCCAACGUCCUAAUCGACGGGUUCGAAAUUCACAAUGGUGAUGAUGUGAUAAACGUCUCGCCUCCCGCUACAAACGUCACAAUGCGCAACAUCAUCGCCUCCGGAACACACGGUCUCUCUGUCUCUUGCGCUUCGGGCACCGGCGGUAAUUAUACGUUUGAAAAUGCGUAUAUCUAUGAUAGUUUGAUGGCAGCAAGAUUCAAGGGGGCGAUAGGUAAGACAUGUGAUGUGAGUAAUGUGACGUGGAGAAAUAUCGAGGUGAAGAAUGUUAGCUACCCAAUCCAUUUUAUUGAGGAUUAUUAUGAUCAGGAGAAGGGGAUUCCGAGCGGGACGAACACUAGCAUUGCGGCUUAUGCAAAGGGGUUUGCAUGGGAGGGAAUUAAUGGAAGUGUAGCGGCAGUGGUUGGGGACGCGAGUUGUGUGAGCGAUCCAUGUUGGUAUGCUACUACUAGUGAAUCGCCAAAGAAUGGGUUGUAUCUACUUUGUCAUGAUAGUGCUCAUUGCGAGGACUUUCACUUCGAGGGCAUUGAUUUGACUACUGCAAAUGGGACUGCGGCGGGAGAAGUAUGUACGGGGUUGGAAGGUGUGGAUGGCAUGGGGGUCACUUGUGUGAAUGGAACGAUUACAGCGAACUGAUCGUCUAGACCGGUCUUACUCUCCCGAACGCCACUUGACUACUAGGUGACAAUGUACCCUCAAAUAGCUGUGUAGAUCUAUCUAUAGCUCAGUGAUCCAACUGGAUACACAUCUGACUAGACUUGCCCUUCGAAUGUGGUGCACCUGGGUUUGACCGCAAAACUGCACCGACAAAUUCCAAAAUUGCUAUCCAGUGAUCUUGCAUUGUCUGGAUAAUUCUGAAAGCUUCAAUAUCUGAUCUUUCUCGUUCUCAGAACGGUUUUGCCUUUGAAUAGAGUAUUGAGACUGCUCAGACUUACAAGCCAAGAAGAUCGCGCAAGAUUCAAUGAACAUGGAGUGUUUGGAAAUAUGUGGAAGUUAUAUCUCCUCUGACAGAAUCAGCCUGGCUUGGAUGGUCAAAAAAGAUGCUGAACUUCAACAAUGAAACUAUCAUCGUUAUACUUGUGGCA